AUGUCUGCUUCAAAGUAUGGAUCCACGAAUGGGCAACCUUCCACCUCUAGUAACAAUCAACUGAGUGUACCGGAACCCUACCAGCCCCGAUACAGCUCCAGGUACGAAGAAUCCAAGAAAGUUCCAAGGAAAUAUAAAGACUAUGAGGAGUUUUUGAACACUCAGAAUUUACUUGAGUCAGGAGAUGGAACCUGUGUCAUUGAUGAGACAGUAUCAAGGGACCUGGGAGACGCCGUCUGUCGUACAAUUUGCGAGGAAGGUUCUGAACUACCAUCCCCAAUUUUAAGCUUUGUGAGUGCUCAUAAACUCUACUUUACUCUAGGGGCUGUCAUAAUUCUUGUCAUUCUUAGCAUAAUCUUAUAUUGCACAGGGAAUGGUGACAUCGUUGUCAUACUUUGGUAUAAGAUUCUUUGCGCACUUGGGCUUAUUGAUUGUCGGUCAGAUAGUCAGUCGCGUCGAUAG